GGAAGCCGUUCCGGUGUUGGUGAAAUCAUUUCCGGGACACAAAAACAGGCGCAACGCUAACACGCAGACGGUUUGUUAUUUACCAGGUGUAAAUCGUACAAUUUGGAGACAAUCGCUGCAAAUCGCAAGCAUUAAUAAUCUGUUGACAUGGCCGAGCCACGAAGUCCGGUGUCCGCAUCUGUACCCCACAAUCCGAUCGCGAUGCCCACCCCCGAGGGCUCUUCUCUGGAGAUGGACCCGAUGGAGUACACUCUCCGCAAGCGCUUGCCCCGCAAACUGCCCAAACGGCGGAACGACGUCUAUGUCAAUAUGAAAACGGACUUCAAAGCCCAGCUGGCGAGGUGUCAGAAACUUCUGGACACUCACAGGGAAAUCUGUAUACACGGGUUGGGACUGGCGAUCAACCGGGCCAUUAACAUCGCCCUGCAGCUUCAGACGUCCAGCCAGGGUGCGCUGCAGCUGGCGGCCAACACAUCCACAGUUGAGCUGAUCGACGAUCUGGAGCCUGAAGAUCCGGAUGAGGCGGGAGAGCCGCUCACACGCACCCGCAAUAAUUCGGCCAUCCACAUCAAAGUGUUUUAUCCAAGUGCGUAAAGCCAGGAUCUUUUUCAUUUAAAGUGAAGCAAGGACUUCAUGAACAUUAUUUAAUCUCGAUGUUGUGAAUCGGUGCUGUUUAAUGUUAUGCCUUUACGUAUUACAGAAAAAUGCAUGUGGUCUUUUUUGUUUAUAAAAUGCAAAUGCUUGUUAAUUCAUCAUCCAUGUAAAAUGUACGAUUAUUUAAGUGGAAAGUAAAAAGAAAACCAUA